GGUCCGCCGUGGCGCCGCUCUCUGGACAUUUCUAUUAAACGUCAACAUAAAACGAUAAUUUUAGAUUGAAAUAUUUCACGAACUCGGAUUUGUGGGAGUUUGGGUCAUUGGACACCCAGCCAUGAAUCUAGAGCUGCUCGAAUCGUUUGGGCAGAACUAUCCAGAGGAGGCAGAUGGCACCCUGGACUGCAUCAGCAUGGCCCUCACCUGCACCUUUAACCGCUGGGGCACGCUGCUGGCGGUCGGCUGCAACGAUGGCCGCAUCGUAAUCUGGGACUUCCUCACUCGUGGAAUCGCCAAAAUCAUUAGUGCACACAUUCACCCCGUCUGCUCCUUAUGUUGGAGUCGAGACGGCCACAAACUGGUGAGCGCCUCGACAGACAACAUCGUUUCCCAGUGGGACGUCCUGACUGGAGACUGUGACCAGAGGUUCCGCUUCCCUUCACCCAUCCUUAAACUGCAGUACCAUCCCAGGGACAUAGACAAGGUGCUGGUUUGUCCGAUGAAGUCGGCUCCAGUCCUGCUGACGCUGUCCGAUUCCAAGCAUGUUGUCCUGCCUGUAGACGACGACUCGGAUCUGAACGUGGUGGCAGCUUUCGACCGGCGGGGAGAAUAUAUUUACACCGGCAACGCCAAAGGAAAGAUUCUGGUGUUAAACACAAACACUCAGGAGCUUGUGGCUUCCUUCAGAGUUACAACCGGCACCAGCAACACCACAGCCAUCAAAUCCAUCGAAUUUGCACGAAAAGGAAGCUGCUUCCUGAUAAACACAGCCGACAGAAUCAUCAGGGUGUACGACGGCAGAGAGAUCCUGACCUGUGGCCGGGACGGCGAGCCAGAGCCCAUGCAGAAACUACAGGAUCUGGUCAACAGGACUCCGUGGAAGCGCUGCUGUUUCUCUGGAGAUGGUGAGUACAUCGUGGCCGGUUCGGCCCGGCAGCACGCCCUCUACAUCUGGGAGAAGAGCAUCGGGAACCUGGUGAAGAUCCUGCACGGCACCAGAGGAGAACUGCUGCUGGAUGUCGCUUGGCAUCCUGUUCGACCCAUCAUCGCCUCCAUUUCCAGUGGAGUGGUUUCCAUCUGGGCUCAGAACCAAGUGGAAAACUGGAGUGCAUUCGCUCCAGACUUUAAGGAGCUGGAUGAGAACGUGGAGUACGAGGAGCGAGAGUCUGAGUUUGACAUCGAGGACGAAGACAAGAGCGAACCGGAGCAGACAGGUGCGGACGCUGCAGAGGAUGAAGAGGUGGACGUAACAACCGUUGAUCCUAUCGUCGCUUUCUGCAGCAGUGAUGAAGAGCUGGAGGACAACAAGGCACUGCUGUACCUGCCUAUCGCCCCCGAAGUCGAGGAUCCAGAGGAGAACCCCUUCGGUCCCCCACCGGACGCCUCGGUUCAGCCUGGAGCUCCAGACGAAGCGCUGGCAGGAGCAGACAAAAAGCAGAAGCCGCCCUCAUCUGACGGAGGCCCGGCCAAGAAGAAGGCCCGCACCACCACCAUUGAGCUACAGGGGGUGCCCAGUGACG